GGAACGGGCCUGGCCGGGGCCGUCGUGCUGCUGGGGGCGAUCGUCGCCCUCCUGCCCAGCGCCCGGGCCCAGCCGGGUAUCGGUCAUCAGCAGAUCAACCUUGCUGCUUCUACAGGAUCUUUUCCUAAUUGGAGAUCUAUACUAUCACCAACACGGCCUUCCACAGAAACGAAGACUUCCUCAAUAGCUGAUAUUUCUAUGGGACAGACUUUGGAGAAUGCAAACUUGCUUCAGAUGAUAAAAACAACACUGACUGGCACACGUACUAGAACCUCGGAUCAAACUCAUCUGUCGCCCACUCUUUAUCAAGGCAGUGGAAACAGUGCAUCCCAGGAACCCGCUGAAGUUUCAGCUGAGUCGCCUCUGAGGUCAUCAUCUCAAGAUGCAGAUGAAACAGCUGCUGUAUCAGUGUUAUCUGGAGUAUCUUCUGGUGCAAUACCUACAGUAGGAACUUCAGAAGCAAAACCACUAACAAGAAAAUCAUCUCCAGCUUCACCAGUGCCAGCUUCUUCCUUCCUUUCUCUAGGCACUGAAAACACACCUUUGCCAUCUGUGAUGGCUUUAAGCACACCAGUACUGACAUUAACAAAAAAUAACACUGCCACAAAAUUGACAUCAGAUCUAAGCUUAGUAGGAACACAUACAGAUUUUCCUUUUGCAACAAGAAACACAACUGCAUUGCCUGCGGAGGUGACAGCUAUGUUCAUAACCCCUAAAAGCAGCACGGUCACCGCUUUCACACUCGCACCCACAGCACACGUACCAAGGCAGAUAGAAACAACAGUAACAGACACCCAGAAGUUCCCAAGCUCAGAAAUCACCAAAACGUCAACCCCAUAUCCACUGACAAUUACAGCAGCUUUGACAUCUAUUACAGCAUCAGCGAAAACAACUAGGCUUCCCCCUACUCCCGUGGAAAACAUCUCUGCUCCUCCUGAAACCACGGCAGCAGCCGCUUUCGCUAACAUGACAGCAGCUCCUCCCCUGGAUUGCCGGCUCUCCAGCAACCUUAUGGUUAAAACAGUUCUGUUUCUGAACACAAGGAGGAUGCUGAUCAGUAAUGCCUUCAAGGAGAGUGUGAGAAAAGGACUCAACCAAGUGCUGAGACAAGCUUUCAACCAAAAUGUCAGUGCUCAGGUUGAAAUCCUCGAGCAAUCCAGUAACCUAACAAUUGGUUACUACGUUACGCGGGGCAGGAUGGUUUUUAUGCCAUCGGCUGUAAUUGAAAGGCUUCUUGCCUACGGGAUUAGCAACGCCACAGCGGAUAUAAAACAGCACGUCCCACAUCUCCAGUCUGUGGUGGCCCUGGCCUUGCCGUGGAAGCCCCUUCCUGCCUACCACUUCCAGCUGAAAACAGAGCUGCAGUUUGUGGGUCAAACGGACAAUAUCCAGUCAUGCAAAUUUGUUCAGACCAUGGAGCAACGGUUACAGAGAGCAUUUCAGGAUGCUGAAAGAAAGGUCUUAAACACCAGCAACAACUUAACCGUUCAGAUUUUGAACACCUCCAAUGUCUCCCAAGCUGUCACUCUGUUUUAUGUAGUGAACAAUCAAAGCACAACUCUAAAUGGCACUAUUUCCAGCAACCUUCUCAAUCAGCUGUCAGCUGAGCUGGUGGGUUUCUAUCUAACCUACCCGCCUCUCACCAUUGCAGAAUCUUUGGAGUAUCCAAACCUCGAUGUCUCAGAGUCAACUAGAGACUACUGGGUGAUAACAGUUAUUCAAGGGGUCGAUAUUGCGUUACUGGGACUGAACAAUCAGAGCUUUGCAAGAUUAAUGGAGCAGCGUUUGGCCCCGCUGUUUAUGAUGUCCCAUCAGCAAGGAAGACGAUUCAAACGUGCCACUACUGUGGGCAGCUACACUGUGCAGAUGGUAAAAAUUCAACGUAUUCCAGGACCCAAGGAGCCGGCUGAACUGACAUACUAUACUUUAUACAAUGGGAAACCUUUGCUGGGAACUGCAGCUGCCAAAAUUUUGAGUACUGUUGACUCGCAGCGGAUGGCCUUGACGCUAGGUUAUGUUAUUCAAGUUCAAGCUGAUCCUGUGGUGAAGAACCCCCCGAACAACCUGUGGAUCAUUGCAGCGGUGCUGGCUCCCAUCGCUGUGGUUACAGUGAUCAUCAUCAUCAUCACAGCAGUUCUGUGCAGAAAGAACAAGAAUGACUUCAAACCAGACACCGUGAUGAACCUGCCUCAGAGAGCUAAACCAGUACAAGGCUUUGACUAUGCCAAGCAACACUUAGGUCAGCAAGGAGCUGAAGAUGAGGUUUUACCUGUAACUCAGGAGACUGUUGUACUCCCGCUUCCAGUUAGAGAUGCUCCUGCCUCCCAGGAGAGAGAAAUUACUCAGGAUGGGAGCACCAUCAAAACUGCCAAAUCCAAUGAAACGAGGAAGAGCCGGUCCCCGAGUCAGAAUGGCUCCAUCAUCAGCAACGGGUCGGGAAAGCCCAGCUCUGGCCGGAGCUCCCUCCAGAAAGUGAUGGCACCCCAAAAAGUGACAAAAGACGAAGGAAGGAAAAGAAACGUGCCCAUAAGUGAUGAAGAGGAAGGAGGCAUUCUCUUUGAUAACAUUGCCAAAUCUGCCAUUGACCCUUUCGACACCUCUUCUGGAUCGGUCCAGCUGAUAGCUAUCAAACCCGUGGCACUCCCUGCUGUUCAUGCUGCAUCAGACAGGAGCCAGGAAUCUGCUAUCAUUAAUGGAGAGGUGAACAAGGCUUUGAAACAGAAGUCUGAUAUAGAACAUUACCGCAACAAGCUGCGCUUGAAAGCCAAGAGGAAAGGGUACUAUGAUUUCCCACAGGUUGAUAACAACAAGGGUCUGACAGAGAGAAAAAGGAUGUAUGAAAAAAACCAGAAAGAAUUUGACCACAUUUUGGAUCCAGAUGCAGAUGUCUCGUCUCCAUUUGCUGAGCCUAAGAACAGGCAACCAAUGAAGAACUCGGUGUACAGAAGCAGGCAGUCUUUGAACAGUCCUAGCCCAGGAGAAACUGAGAUGGACCUUCUUGUGACUCGAGAAAGACCUAGACGUGGAAUCCGUAACAGUGGAUAUGACACUGAGCCUGAAAUUAUAGAAGAAACAAAUGUUGACCGUGUCAACGAGCCUCGGAAUUACACCAGGUCCCGUCAGGCCAAAGGCCACUCGGAGACCUCAACUUUAAGUUCUCAGCCCUCCAUUGACGAGGUUCGACAGCAGAUGCAUAUGCUCUUGGAAGAGGCUUUCAGCCUGGCCUCUGCAGGCCACGGAGGACAGAGCAGGCAGGAGGCAUACAGCUCAGCACCACACUUGCCCUACUCGGAGGUUGUGACCAGUGCUCCUGGUACCAUGACCCGUCCUAGAGGGGGGGUACAGUGGGUACCCACAUACAGACCAGAAAUGUAUCAGUACAGUUUACCAAGACCAGCUUACAGAUUUUCUCAGCUUCCUGAGAUGGUAAUGGGUUCUCCUCCUCCUCCGGUCCCUCCCAGAACAGGUCCUGUGGCUGUUGCCUCUCUCAGGAGGUCUACAUCAGAUAUUGGCAGCAAAGUGAGAAUACCUGAGUCCAGUGGGGCAGAUCAGGCCCAGCAUCAUGAUCAGGCAUCUUAUGCACCUGGUUCCAGAGCUCCGAUGUCUGUUGGUCCACUCGAUCAAUCAGCUUUUCACUCAGGAAAUACUGUACCAGCAGUGUUUGCCAUACCAGCAGCAAACCGACCUGGCUUCACAGGCUAUUUUAUCCCAACACCACCCACCGCAUACAGGAACCAAGCCUGGAUGCCCUACGCUGGAGAGAACGAAUUACCAGGGCAGUGGGCAGACUCAGUACCACUACCGGGAUACAUCGAGGCUUAUCCGAGGCCCCGCUACCAACACAAUUCUCCUUCGCGGCUGCCUCGCCAGUACAGCCAGCAGGCGAGCAUGCAUCCCAGCCUGGAACAAGCUCCUCUGUCCUCCACUGCAGCUUCUCAGCAGAGCCUGACAGAAAAUGACCCCUCUGACGCUCCUCUCACCAACAUUUCUACAGCUGCCCUUGUAAAGGCAAUAAGAGAAGAAGUUGCCAAACUGGCCAAGAAGCAAACAGAUAUGUUUGAGUUCCAGGUGUAAUAUCUUUUGUGCACAGCACUUGUAUCGUGCAACCUGGGGUAGCCAAGAAAGUGACUCCUCUAAUUUUCAGUUACAAACUUGCUGUGGAUUGUGCCUAAGCGAUGGCAUUUUUCUCUAUCUGAAAAGUCAACCCUAUGAAAUGACUUAAAGUAGAGCAACAGGGCUCUGAAGAUACACAAUUCUGCUUGCCAGCUAAGGAGAUGCUGCCAAGUAACUGUUUAAUAUGGAUAAGAUUGAUCAUAAGCAACUGUUUGCCAGUGAGCUCUCGUACUGUGACCCAUCAUCACCAGAGAUGCUGCUGAACGUGUCCGCGCCACACGAUGUUUCAUUUGCAGGCCUGAAGGUUGAGCUGCUGAAAAUAGCUUCUGCAUAUCAAAACUUUGAUUAAAGAAGAAAAUACAGUAGAACAUGGUUAGCUGAAGGCCAUGGUAGAUGUGGCGGUGACCACGUUGAUUGUUUGCUGCAGGGCAUUGCAUAAGAGAUGUUGAUUUCAGCAAUGCAGAGUCAUUCAGCCUUUUCAUUCUAGAGACUGUAUUCAAAGCAAAAGAAUUCGAGAUGAGUAAGUAAUACAAAUAAAUGUCCUGUAAAUAGCCCCGAUUCUCCUCAUCCUAUUAACCAGUACAAAAAGUGAAAGACGAGAAGACUGUGAAGAAGGUUAAUGAUAUUUUGAUAAUUGGUGGCUACCUUAUCCCUGAAUGCCACUGAUGAGUUAUGGAGGAGAUUUUUUUCAGCACGAGAGAAUAUAACGCACGAAAAGCCAACAAAGGAUAUUGGUGCUAGAAGAUUCCACGAGAAAUGAGAAAAGGUUAUUCGUGUUUGCUCUAUAUUCAGGCUUUUCAUUCUGAAUGCAUGUGAAGCUGGUAAACCUGAGACCUUUGAGCAAGUCUUUCCAGCCUGGAAUAAUGAAUACACCUGCUUGGACAAGAAAACCUCUGUUUCAUACAGUGCUUUUUUCUCUUUCUUAAACAAUGAUAUCUAUGAAAGUGAUGCCAGAAAGUGCUACCUGAAGCUGCAGUUGAUUUUGAUUACACUGGAACAGUGAAUGCACACCCAGAAAGUUUUGAAUGUAGAGGACCUGAUUAUUAUAUUAACAUGUAAAUAAGUGAACUAUUACAUGAAUUAACAAAAAUACUAAUGUUCUGUGAAAAAGCGAGCAUUUCCAGAAAUUAUGCUGACUUUAUAUUGUGCAAGAUAAAGGUGACUAAUUGUUAAACUGCAUUGUUGUAUGAAUUCAAUCCCAAAAGAAAAUCAAACCAUUUGAAUGGGACAAUAGUUCAUCUUUUGCAGUUGUACAAAACAGUUGGAGAUCAUGAACAAUUGUUUUCAGUUCCUUUGGCAAUUAGCUUUGGGAACCGAAGUUGCAAAAUUUAUUGUUGGGCAUGUUUGGUGUCAACUGGAGUUAAAGGUAAUGUCCUUCAUUUCGUAAGUUAUUUAGUUAUCCUCAAUUGCUUAUGCUAUUUUGUCUGAUCAUUUCAUUUCUCUGAGUUCUUUGGUCUUUACUGAAGUGAGAAAGGGAACUUAGUUUAGCUUUUUGGCCAUCAGUAAAAUGAGAGGAGGAGAGACGAGACUAGAAUAGGGGAUAGAAGAAAUUGAUGAAGCACAAACUUUUAAAGCAGAGCUAUUUUUUCCCAAAAUAACUAUAUUAUAAACCCUGACUGAGAUUGUGAAAUGUAGUUAUCCUAGAAUAUACAGAUAUCUUCUGCUCCAAUACCUUAAAUAUUGCAGAAGCUUUUGGAAUGCUAAUAUUUAAACAAAUGUGAAAUUUCAUUUUUAUUAUUUAAAAAUCAACUAUAAAUAAAAUGUAUUUUUGUAAUUUCUAUGUAUAUAUAUGCUGUAUAUUUAUAUGUGACUAGUCUGCUAUAGUCAGAAAAUUUCCAUAAACCAAGUGAAAAAAAAAAAAAAAAAAGAAAAAAAACCCCAACCUAGUAAUUUUAAUGAUCAAUAUAAACAUGCUAUGUCUGGAGUACACAAAUAUACAUUUGGGUGACUUGGAUACUAUAUAACCAAAGAAACUCAAUCUUUCAUAUAAAUAUAAGUCUCGCAAAGAGAGACUGCUGUGUUGGUUACCUGUCAGCUAAUUAAUACUGAUCUUAUCAGUGUGAUACAAUACAUCCAAAUGUCUUUUUGUGUUGAAUUAAUAGCUGCCUAAGAACAUCACACUUAAAAAUAACAACUUAAAAAUACUGGGCCAAACUCAGCAUGCCAUAAAAAGACUAGUUCUGAUUGGUUUCAGUGGGAACUUGCUGAUAGCAAGGCUGAGUUUCUUCUCUAUUAAGAUUCAUCUAUACCUGCAAGUUUCAGUAGGAUCACUAAAUAUUCUGCUUAUUCUUCAACCAUUUAAAUCACCCUAACAUAGAUGCAGAUGUAAUUUAAGAGUGGUUUAUUUUUUUUCAGCCCAAGCUGGUUCAUAAUUGGCUUAAGUGAAUUGGUAAGUGAAAUCCACACUAAAUUCUGUCAGCCACAUUUUGCAUCAGCUUUAUUACCUGAGUUUAAAAAUUAUUCUUCUAUUUAAGCCCAGUAAAAUUUUGGAAAUACAUAGGCCCUUCUAUACAAUGGGAGUGAAAUGUGCUGUGAAAUAAAUUUCUGUAUCUUAGAGUCCAGUUUUGCAGAGUUAUCCAGAAGCUGCAAGUAUGGAGCCAGCAGCAGUCACGUGGAUGGGAAUGCUGAAGCCAAACAGCUGGAAAAGGUCAUGUUAUGAUAUACUCCUGAAAGAGUCAGAGGUGGUAGGAUGCACCAGAUUUAAACAGCAUCUUUGGGACGCUUAGCUCUGUUUGUUAAUCUGCACCUGUUCAUAAAUUUAAUCAAUUCAGUAGAUCUGUCAAAAAUAUGUGAGGGUAAAGCCUCCAUAUAUCUUAUAUAAUAAAGCAUAUAUCUUGCCAUUCUGGAAAUUAAAAAGUUUGGAAGUUAUGAAAAUGUACAGGGUUUGAAUGCCUACAUGCAAACAAAAUGAACAAAUAGAAAAACACCAAAUAAAAACAUUUAAAUAGUCUUCUAGAAAGAAAACCCAUUUCUGUAAAGUUAAACGAAGUACUCUUCCUACUACUGAGGAAGACCUAUUAGAUUUUCAAAAUUAAUUUUGUUUGGUAUUGUAUUGACAAUGUGCAGUCUACUGAAUAUUCCUUCAACCAUCACUCUGAAACCAUUGUGGUCCACUUUUUUCACAAAGACAUUUUACAUUCUUCCUUCAUAAUGGCUUUUUAUCUUGUUUGUAAUAUGUUUCUGUAUUUUUUUUUAAGUACAAAGUCAGAUUAUAUCAAGACAGUAAGGACAUUCCUGGGAAAGAAAAACCAUGCUGUAAUAUUUAUACUGUCUGAGCACAAAGCAAUGAUAAAGUGAAAAUAUAGUGUACAAAGAAUUUGUAAUAUAAUAAACAUUUUGUAUGGCUACAAUUACAAUAUAGUUUUUCAAUAUUGAUUUCAAAGAAGAAAGUAUACCUGUUUAAAUUUAUAACCUCAUCAAAAUAUAUUCAUGCCAUUUUUACUGAUAAAAAGUUAGUCAUUAAGAUUUUUCUACUAAAUGCCCUGAUUUUCUUUAAAAUGAUGUUAAAUUUUUAGGUGAGAAUAUUGUUUUCUGUGUACAAAAAUGUUGCUGUUCUGACCACUAUUUGUCUUCAGAUUUGUAAAUCAUCAGUGGAAACAUCUGCAAAUGAAACACACGUAAAAAUUACUUCUCAGUCUGUGUGUCAUGACCACUGACAGUAGGAAUAGUAUGUGUGAUAUUUAUUAAUAUGAGUAGAACAGUAGCUUUAAGAGGAUAAGAGGAUAGUCUGACAGUUGUUUUUUGAGAAAAAUGUAUUAUCUGGAUUUGAGAGAAGCUCCAGCACUCAGUUUAGAAAUAUGAAUAAUCUUUUUAUCUAAUAAUAUCAUGGAUAGAACUUGAUAGAAGUGCAUGUAAAUCCUCUAUAUAGAAAUGGCGAAAAUUAUCAUAAGUAAUGAUAAUUUCUUUUUCAGACUAACUAAGGUGAGACAUGGAGGAAAGAAAAUGUAAAAUAGAAAUGCAAAGCAGGUGGAAAAAAGCAGCAUUGAAUUGAGUGGCAGAACUGAAGUGAGGCCCCUGCCUUGUUUAAGGGGUGACAGAACUAACUACAGGUUUUGUUAUACUUCAAGAUAUCUGGCUGUAAAGAAUGAAUUACAUUUUAAUGCACUUUUUUUAGUCCCACACUGCAAAUAGCUAGCAGUUAGCCCUUGUGAAAGUCUAAGGAGCUUGAAAGCAGAAAGUUUUCUGAGCUAGCAGGAGAAGUCACUUCAUUUUGCUGGCCUUGUUCAUCCUGUAUAUACAUCUGAGCAACUCCGAGCGCUGUGUCCAAGGAUGCUGUAAAUCAGUUACAGUCCUGACCUUGCAUUUCUUGCACGUAAACAAAUCUCAGUGGCUUCCCAUAGCUCAUUGAUAUGAAAUGGGAUAAGCAGAGAACAAGUGUGAGAUAAUGUGAGGGAUAUUAACAGGUCAGGAGAACCUUAAAAGGCUGGAAACUGUGGAUCUUGAGUUGCAUGUUAACACUCAUACCCACUAGAAAAUGGUUGUGUUUGGCAGCUUUCCUUGGCAAGAUGCAUUCCUUUCAUUGUCAAUGACCAAAAUGUAUAAAUUAAGGCUCAGUCCCAUCACAGGAGAGUGUAUCAAUUCAUGCUUCCACUUCUUUCUGUAAGCCAUAUGCUUUCUCUGUGUAGGCUCCACAUGAGAGUGGUAUAAUUAACGUGAGUGGUUUCCAGUUACUCAAGAGUAGUCUCUUGUAAUAAAACGCCAAGUUAUAUGGCACCUUAUAUAUGUUUUACUACAUCACUGCGGGGGGGAAAAAAGACAUGAUCAUACAGUACGUUAGUAUAUUAAUACCAUUAGCCCUUUUUUCUUUUUUUUUUUUUUUUAAAAAAAAGGGUUUUUGAAAAAGGGAAAGUUUGGAAUGCAAAGAUCAGGACUGCUCACUAGUCAGAGUGUGCAGGGCAACUGCUCAGUGUGCUGCUGGGGCUAAUGGAGCAGAUCUCUCCUCUCACCACUUAUUGCCCCUCCAUAAAAGGGUACAAGCACACAGGUUUUUUGAGUAAGACAGACAUUAAUUAAUAAUAAGUUAUAUGGGGUAAUAAGUAUAUGGGGCAAAUAACAUCUACUGAGUUCUCUGCGAACCAUUCCAGAUGCACGUUUUCAAAGCAGCGUUUGUUGAAAGAGAAAUGAAUCAACUCAAGUUUUUUACUAUAACGUUAUUUAGACAUAGCACUGUAGACUUUGUAAUGGUGCUAUAUGGAAUAAGUAUGUCAAAUGGUAACUUGCACUUUCUGUGCUGGACUUCCUUUUCAUGGGUUAAUUUUUGGCCAUAACUCCAGGACUGAGUAGGAUAUUUUAUUUUUUUCUUAUAAAAAUAUUUCAAAGUUCUAUUUUUCCAUUUUAAAAUGUAGGCAUGCAAAAUGAGGAUAAGAGUACAUUCAUUUAGAACGCUUUUUUUGAACUCUUGCCUUUCUCUUGUAAAUAAAUAAUGCAAAACUUGGUUCAUGGAAAUGAGAUUUAUAUAGGUCAGUAAAUUAAUUGGGUACUGACAUGCUCUUUAAAAGAAUGUUUCAAGAUGGCCAUGUCAGAAAGGCAAACCUGGUAAAUACUGCAGAAUCUCUACUGAGACUAACUGCAUCACGCAUCCGUCAUCAAAAAUGUUUUGGUGUGCCCAAUCAGUGAAAAGCAAUGAGAAAGCUGUGAAUCAGGGAAUUCCUGUUAUCCAGGAACAGGCUGUACACAAGACAUGGGAGAUGGGACAGGGAUUUCAGUGGGUGUCUGGGGUAGGUAGACUACCCUAUGUAACAUAUUUGCCCUCUGGGUUGCCCUUAGUUCCAACAGAUGUAAAAACUACAGCCACCAAAGUAGUGUGGCAGGAAGGUGGGUUUGGGUCCUGAUUUUUAAAACUAUUGAGAUGCCCCAAAAUAAUAUAAUAUUUCAUGUUUUUAAAAUCACCUUGGUACCAUUGAAAAUCCUUAGGGAUUUUCAAUAGAAGGUAUUCUAUAGAAUAGAAUAAUAGAAGGUAUCAUACUCCUAUAUAUAUCUAAAAAAUAUUUUUUGAAAACUAGUUCUUUCAUCCACCUAUUUGUCCCUAUUCAUUUGAGGUUCUUUAAGGUGCACAGAAGCAAUAAUGAGGAGUCAGUUCCCAGGGUUUUUCUUUUGUGAAGCUCAUGAAAGAUGAGAAAUGAGUUUUAAACAGUUAAAUGGUCAAAUUUACAGCAUAUGUCUAGAAAAUAAUUAGAAAUACUAUGAAGAAAUGUUCCAGGAAAUUAAUUUUUUUUUGCAAUUGUUAAAAAUAAUUCUUGUUUUAAGAAGUGCCUGACUUUUCAUGAAAUUUCCAUGCUCAAUUCAUUCCCAGUGAGCAGCUUGAUACUAUAUUACAUUCUGUAAAUAAUUUUUUAACUUUAUAAAUACAUAUUUACAUACUAGGCAAUAAUAGUCCAAAGGAUUGUAUAUUAUACAGGAAAAUGAUUCCACUGAGUACAGUAUUUAGAGAGGAGUUCAAUUCUUUUCAUCCAAAGUAUAUCCCUCAUCCCUGCAGCUCAAUGUGUUUCUAUGCUUUGAAACCCAGUGUUUGAACACCGUAACAUACAUGAGAUUUUAACUGAUGCCAGUGUAUCUGGCAAAGAGCACUGACUUUCGCAGCCCCCAGUGGGACCUUGUAAAGAGCGCCUGGGUAUAGGAUUAAUAUUUUAAACUAUUAAACUAGAAUUUUCUGGGUCCGUAAGUCUGGCUUUUUGCAAGGAAUCAGUGGCUGUUAGGUCCUGCAUCACCAGCAAACUUCGCCAAUAGAUACUCUGAGAUGUGAUACAGCAGCUUAUGCCAGGGAUUCACCAGGAUCUAGAAAGCGAGUGACUGUAUAGAAGAAUAGGUAGUAAACCUUUUAUUUCAGCAGUGUAUGGACACUAAGUAAUUAUGAAUUGAUUACUAUGGCAAGUCAAAGAGUCUUGAAGCUAAAUGCUUGGAAUCAAUUUCAUGUAUUUGGUUAGCUUUUGAUUUCUUCAUUUGUUAAAACAAUGCAGAAAUAGCAACAUUAACAGUGGAUUCUAUUCCAGAGUUAUAAACACAGGAUAUCCGAAUGUAAGUAAACCUGAGGUUUAUUCUUUGCCCUUGCCUGUAUCUACUAUUUUCAACACUGCAAGUAGGAAAAAAACCACUUUACUUCCCACCAAAUUAAUUUUAAUAUUUCUUUCUGUGGCAGAGACUGGGAAGGCUUUUUUCAUUUCACGUUGGUGUUGGGUUCUUCAAACUGUAUUGAAGGUCAUAUUUGAUAGAAAAAAUUACAGUGAAGCCAAACAUUUUGGAAAAUAAGAACCCAUCUUACUGAGGCUAGAAUUUUGGUUUAGAAUUUAGCAACCCAGCAGAAACAGCUCAGACCCAACAAAGGGUCUAUUCUGGGCAGUUCUCUGGGGCUUGUUAGAAAGGACAUGUGUACAGUGCAGGUAUUCUUGUGUUCUUCAACUUUUUAUUUUCAUAUAACGUCUUUCUUGCCAUAACUGUGCAUUCUGAAUUUGACUUUUAGAUUGGUGUACACAAAGAGGUGCACUCUUUAGCUCGCUGAUAUACUGCUGAUGUGAUAGAAGUAGUAACCAACAUAUGUGAUAUAAUUUUUAAUUAGCUAUGGCACUGCGUGGCUUUGGCCUAAUUUCUGCUUAGUGAUACUUUCAGAUGUCAUAUUAGUAUUAAGGUGACAUGAACAUAGAUAAUGUCUUCCAUUGAAGUUAUUGGCAAAACACCUGCUCACUUUAAGGAGAGCAGGGGUCAUCCAGUAUUCUCUCAGUGAAUUAACUAUCACAAUUAUCUUGAAAUUUUGCGAAGAUAGGAAGGAUGCUACCUAGUUACUGGUAGCUGGAAAUUAGGAGAUAAGAGGCCGGUUGUCCCAUCUUUGUAAUUUUGGAUUGGUCCUGAGCAAGGUGCUUAAUCUGAUUAUGGCUCAGUGUCGUGUCUGUAAAGCAGGAUGAAGGGACUGCCUCUCCUCACAUCCCUGGUGAGAGGUUGAAGCAAUUGAUAAUGUUAGAAAAACUAAAACCAUUUAGUACAAAGCAUUAUUUAUUAUUUCAUGGAGCUUGGUAAUUGUUCAAAACUGUAAAUUGCCUGUUGCUCUGGUAGCAUUUGAACAUACAUAAAUUUACAAGAAAAAAAAAAAACCCAAACCAAACCUCUUGAUGCUAUUUCAGGAUGUUCUAGGAAGCCUUUCCAGUAAUAGCUUCUACACUUUUUUACAGAGAUGUUAUACCAAUAAAUUGUCUCGCUUCCCAUGCAACAGAUCUCACUUUCUGAUGAAAUUAACUUUUCUUACGUCUUUGAAUUAUGGAAAGGACUAGCUCUGCAUGAUUACAAAUAUCCAUGUAUCUUUGUUGGUCACAGCUUGAUUCAACUAAACUGUAAUGACUGUGUCCGUGAAAAUAGCUCAAAAUUUAUAAGUGUUUCAGCUGUAAAUGGGAAAAUUAAUUUUCCGAAGUCAUAAGAGCUGCAAAAUUGAGAGUGAUUUGUAAAGUCAAGUUUAGGGAUUAAACUAAAAGAGGAAGAAAAUAAUUAAAAUUUUAUACUAUGCAAUCAGAAGGGAAAUCUCCAAGAACUGCUUCCUUUUGCAAUUACAAACAUGAAACUAUACUAAUGGUAGAAUUUUACAUAUCACUGAAAAGAAGGCAUUUAAAAUGUUCUGGGUCAUUACCAAAUGGCUGUGUUUUUACUCUGGACCAUAGGGUGAUUCUAGAAUGAAGCUUAUGAGUACAUAGAAUAGUUUCUUUCAUGUUAGUGGCUAUAGCUUAGUUGAAGUUGUACAUGUUUUUUCUUGGCAAUUUUGCACAUUAAAUAAAAUAUGUCUUAAAAUCUA